AUGAUGCAAACGGAAACUGAUUCCCUGGAGGACCACAGUUUGUUGGGUUCCUCGACAGCUGUAUCGGACGCGGUUUAUGCCCCCAAAACCGAAAGUAGAGGACCCGUAGUUGUUGUCAGUGGUGCUCCGGGCGUGCCGAUCUCCGGAGCACGCAAGGACAACAGCCUAGGAUCUGGUUUCGUAGCAAUGAAUCUCAUUCCCCGCGGAGGGUCGCAGACCGCAUUGCCAUUUAUUCUUCGUCUGGAGGGUCAGACUUUCGGGUCUAGGUUUGGACACGCCGUUCUUCUAGCCGAUAUUAAUGGCGACGGUUGGGACGAGCUCCUCGUUGGCGCGCCCUUCCAACGCAUUCGUGAGCCAAAAAAUGCAGAUUCGAGAGGACAGACGGCUGAACGUGAAGGCGAAAGCGUCCUCCGGAACGAAGACUCUCAAUCCAAAACUGAAACUGUAGCCUCGGGGACUACAGUUCCGGAGGCGCCCUUCGGUUGUGUCUAUAUUUUCUGGAAUAUGAAGCAGCGGAUGCCCGACCUGGCGACUUCUCCACCUUUCAGCUUCGAUGCCGUUCAGCUGCUGGAAGCACCGGCAGAGUUGUCGCCACGGAGUGGCUUCGGUGCGGCGAUAACCCGGUUGGGUGAUAUAAAUCACGAUGGCAUUGAUGAUUUCGCGGUCGGAGCGCCAUAUGAUGGCGAAGGAGGCGCUGUGGCCAUCUACCACGGGUCCAAGGACAAUAAAAUUAAACCUCCCACACAGAUAAUAAAGUCAACACAGUUCAACGGGGUACUACGAACCUUUGGUUUCUCCCUGGGCCUCGAUGGAAUUGAUUUGGACAAUAACGGGUACGCCGACAUGGUAGUCGGAGCACCUGCCACCAGUACCGUCAUUGUCCUGAGAACGCGACCCAUCAUCGAAGUGACUGUGCACAUUUUCCGUCCUGACGGAAACACACAGCUGGACCAGAACCUCCAGCUGUUGCCAGACUGCACCCGAGAGGCCCAGCAGCUGGGAGGUUACAUCUCCUCUAGUGUCCACUGUAUGGACGUGAAGAUCCUCGCCACAUUCAGCAGCAUCGACAGGGCCUCCUGUAAGCUAUCCUCCCUACCGAUCGAUAUGCUGCUCAUGAUUAACCCCCCGGAAAGAUGGAUCACCGAAACGUUUGCCUCCAACAAAACGACUGAGAGCCCUGCGACUGACAUUCAGGCUGUGAGUUUCUUGGAUGAAAAGGAAUAUGUCCUAUCGGCAGCAGAACUUCGCCGCUUCUACAAACAAGUGCCGAAGAUCGCGGCAGCCAAGACUGUCAGAGUUGCCCUUCGCGUAAGUGCCUCAACUGACAAGGGUCUCUAGAGUCCAAACACCCCGCCAACUGCACUUACACCAUUGGAAGACAAACUGACUGUAAAGGUGAAAAUGACACUAAAUGUCACAAUUGAGGGAGAAAUCCUGCCCGAUGCUGCUUAUUUCGGUGGAAACGUCACUGAUGGCAUUCUUAUCAAUGGAGGAGAAAAUAAAAUAGGUUCGACGCGCCUGUUGGUACGACUGAAGAUUCAGAAUCUACGCAAGCACAGUCUUAUGCCCAAAUCCCGUCUCAUCAUUGAUUGGCCCUACGAGAUUGCAGGAGACAAUGAUGAAGAUGACGGCAAAUUUAUGCUGUACCUAUUGGAACCUCCAUACGUCAUCAAGACUGAUCUCCCAGCCGGACCAGGUAUCUCUGCUAAAGGUAUCAAUACGAGUGUAGUCUGCGACUCCAGAGCGUUAGAUGAGGUCGUUAAUCCAUAUAAUUAUAGG